AUGGUCAAGAAGGUGUCGAAGAAGGCCUCGAAAAAGCUAGAGCAGGAGCCGCAAGAAGCGACAGAGAAUGCCGAAAAGGAGCUCACGAGCGUUGCAGCUUCGCAGUCCGAUGAAUCAGACGAAUCGGCCGCUGAUUCAGAUGACGACGACAUCGAAGGCCUUUCGUCGGGCGAUGAGGACGAAAACGGGUCGACACACAAGAUCAAAAAGCUAGAUCUCAAAAAGAAAAACCAAAAGAGCUCCAGCAACAAGGACAGCAGCUCGACCGAGUAUUCUGCGAUCAUCUACGUGAGCAGACUGCCCCACGGUUUCCAUGAAAAAGAACUCAGUAAGUACUUUUCGCAGUUUGGCGACUUGAAGGAGGUGAGGCUGGCACGCAACAAAAAGAGCGGGAACUCUAGACAUUACGGUUUCGUCGAAUUCGCCAACAAGGACGACGCCAGGGUUGCCCAAGAGACAAUGAAUAACUAUCUGAUCAUGGGACAUCUGCUGCAGGUACGUCUUCUACCAAAAGGCUCCAAGAUUGAAAAACUGUACAAGUACAGGAAGAGAGCCUUCCAGCACACAGCUGUCAAGAAAUCCGCAGACCAGCUGAAAGAGAAAGCCAAAGCCAAACACGACGAGAGGAUGCGCCAACUCGACAAGGCUGGCAUCCAAUUCACGUGGUGA